UUGAAGUUGUAGUAAGUUGUGCUUGUGGACGUCGUUAGUCCGGUGGAAUAGGAUAAUGGCAGGGUCGGAGGGAGUGUGUGAUGCGUGCUCGCGCACGGUUCCUGCUAGUGCUACUACUACUACUACUAGUCGUGCCGCUGAGGGAAUGUUUUCUAGCCAGCCACCGGAUCAUUUGGAGAUCAGUUUUCUGCGAUCUCUGGUGUCCGAGCUGCUGCACAUCGACGAGAAAAGUUUGAAUAGCAGCCUCCGACUGCUGACAGCUGCUCACAGAAAACAAAAUCAACUGGCCAGCCGUCCGUCUCCGAUAACAGAGGUGCGCGAUGCCGGCAGUGCUGAGAACAGUCCAACUCCAGUCUGCCAUCAAAGCGAUGAGAUCAGUUCGGCGAAAACUAACACCAUCACCACCACCUCAAAAGCACCCGGAAUUGGAGAUGCCAAAGGCCGUACUUCAGAUGGGAGCAGCAGCAGCAGCGUCGGCGGCGACUGUCGAAUCCGUGGUGUCGAUUCACGUGCCGUCGUCAGUAGCGGUCAUAUCCCAGACGACCAGAUCAUAGCCGCGUCUUCUUCUUUGGAUUCCGCCAUCGUCUGCAAUCAGAUGACAUUGAGUGUGUUCAGAGAGAUCUGCGCGAAGUCUCAGGACGCGUAUCUGCAACAGCGCUCACCUCUACCUGUCGACGGCCUCGACUUUUCCAUCUGGACUGAUCACGACCCGCUCAUACUACCAGCGGUCACAGUGAACAGCAGUAGAACUCCAAGCCCUGGUGUUUUCCCACGUCCGCUGCCUUCUUUGCAACGACAACAUCGCGUUGGCUCGCCUCGAAAAGACAUGGAGGUUGUCUCUUCUUUGAAGUGGUCGGAAUACCCGCACCUGCCAGUGGACAAGGACAGUGUUGCGGGGGUGUGCCAUGCUGUGCAAAUCAAGGACCGGCUGGUCGUUGCCACGACGGUCAAGUGCGAGCAGCUGGAGAAGGUUGCUGGAGGCAGCAGUUCUGCAGACACGGACAGCGGCAGCGCAGAGGCAUCACGUCGCAAUGGCAGUAGUAGUGGCGGUGGCGACAGCCAGCUGUACACACGGCGCACCGUGUACCGUGCCGCCCUGUUCGUAACGGACCCGUCGCUGCGUCGCUGGCACCCGGUGGCUGCCCCGCAGGUCAACACGUCGCACACCGUGGAUGGACUGUGCGUGGAGCGCAUGCAGUCCAAGCUGCUGCUGGUGGUGAGACCGUGUGUGAAAUCAGAUGGUCCGACGUGUGUUUGGUCAAUAGACAAUGAAGGAGCGGAGAUGACGUUGCGCUCCACCUGGACACCAUUCUGCGUGGUACCUGCUGGCCAUCGGUGCGGUACAUUCGCGCUGAUCGGCAACUUCCUUGUGGCCGCUGGAGGGAAGCUUGGUGGCGGCGACUCUGCAACCCAGCGUAGCGUAUCUGCUUACGAUUUCUCACGGAAUGACUGGGUGCACUGGCCCAGUUUGCCCGUACCCAUGUACGCUGCAGCACCGGUGGUGUUCAACGAGAAUCAGUUAGUACUGUGUGGCGGUGUGCAGGGCUAUGGAUCAGAUCGGCCCACGGACAAUGAGAGCGACCACCCGGAGAUGGGCCGUCACGAGGCGCUGUCCCUGAGCGUGACUGGCGACACGCCAGGCAAGGAGUGGACAAUGUUCUGCUACAUGAAGACGCCAUGCCUGGCGCCGUCGGCAGCCAACAUCUACGGAAUGCUGGUGGCACACAACGGCGGUGAUCCGCGCAACAGCGACGUGUCCUGGUGGGAUGGCGUCAACGGAGAAUGGCGCCGCGUCUCAACCCUGCCGGAAGCCUGCGUCGACUCGGCCAUCAUUGAGUUCUAUGGCAACCUGGUCAUUAUUGGUGGCGAGCAGCAGGUGACAGCUACGCAUGCCGCCAGCAGCAAUGGCAAGAACGGUGUGGCUGACGGUCAGGAACGGAUUUUCUCCACCAAAGUCUCGGCUGUGAAGAUCAUACGGCGAAACACCGAUGCGCUCUGCAGCCAACGCAAGCGAAGCGUUCAACAUCUUGUGGAGGCAUAAGCGCUGCAUCUCGGCAAGUGACCCAUUGGCUAAAUUGCACGCGUGUGUGUAUAUGUGUAUGUGUGUGUGUGUGUGUGUGUGUGUGUGUGUGUGUAUGUGCGUACCAUCGUGUGCAUUCCUGUCCUAGUGCUUUGCAGCCACACAUAUUACUUGGAAAGUUUGUGACAUGACGCCACAUGUUUGACAUUAGUAAAGUAGGGUCAUAGCGUCAUGCACUAUCCAAGGUUAGUGCACACAUGUUCUAUCAAUAGUAGCGAAUGCAUGCUCAUUUUGCAUUGCAUGCUCUCCAAGUAACCUGUUCAGUAUUUAUACUAUACGCCCAAAGCAGCCCUACCACAUGAAGACUUUAUUGUUUCCUUUUUUUUAGGUCAGCCAUUCGCCUGAGUGUUUUAUCAGUGCGGCCUAUGAGCCCUGUUUGAGUUUCGGUUCAGUUAGAGUGCAUUUAGGCAGUGAUCAAAUGUCACUUAGGCAAACAAACAGUAUCAUUAUCCCAGUACUCACCACUGCAUUGUUUAGGCUUCAAUCCUUUUCCCAUUGCCUAUAUUACCAGGGCUAUAAGGUAGUCAUGGAAUAGGAAAAUGAACUGAAAUGUACAUGUUUGCCACGUGUCCUUUUUUUCUUUCAACUGCCUUGAGCCAGAGCUUUUAAAAAAAAAUAUCCCUUCUUGAGAAGAAUUCUUGUAG